AUGGCCGUUUACAGUUCACCAGUAAUUCCGAUCCACGAUGCGAUGGACUUGUCAAUUUCACAGUUUAUGACAAGAUACAACCCCGAUGAAGUACAGGCAUCCAAAGUUGUUCAUACUGAUGUUUUCUCCGAUGAGACCAUCACAUACGGCUCUCUCCGCGAACAAGCCGGACACGCUGCUUGGGGCCUGCAAAAGAAGUUGGGACUGCAGCCGGGUGAUACUCUACUUGCAUUAGUCAAUAACUCUAAUGCAUUCGUUCUUCUGGCUCAUGCAACCUGGUGGGCAGGUGCUGUUUUCGCGCCGCUCAACACAUCAGCGACGCGUGAUGAUAUUUCGCAUAUUCUGAAGCUUGUCCAGCCAACGCAUGUUGCCACUAUUGAAGAGAAGCUUAGCACGGUUCAGGCCGCUUUAGCCUCUCAAUCAAUGACGAACACCAAAAUUUUGACUGUCAAUUUUAAAGAGGGGAAUCUUCCGCAGUUCCCAAACGACAUCGUUGGCAAAAGGGCUACAGAGACCAUAUCACCUCAAGGCCUUGAUGGUAGAAGCGGCAAGGACGUCGUCAGCACCAUUUGCUUUUCCUCCGGAACAACCGGAAAGAUGAAAGGCGUCCAGCUUUCUCACUACAACCUUGUCAUGAACAGCAUCACGAUGCGUGCCUCCAUGCCGGUCAGGGUUAACUCGGCCGUACGUGAAGUUUUCUUCGCACCUUACUGCCAUAUCUAUGGCCUGAGUCUGGUCGUGCUGGCUGGUAUGUGGGUUGGAGCCCAAUAUUGCGGUCUACCAGGUUUCGACUUGGAGACAUUCUGCCGGAAAUCGAGCGAGCUGGAGGUUACAGACCUUCACAUUGUGCCUCCUGUGGCCCUUCUUCUUGCUACGUCUCCGGUUGCUCAAAAGUAUGACUUGUCUUCCUUGAAGAGAAUUGUCAUUUCUGCUGCCCCGCUGAAGAAAUCCGUCCAGCUUCUGCUUAAGAAGGUUCUGCCCCAUACGAGCAUCUGUCAAGGAUAUGGUCUCACCGAGUGUUCGGGAGGUAUUAUCCAUCAGAUUGAUGAAGACGAGAAUGCUUUUGGUUGUGUUGGGAAGCUAUUCGCAGGAGUGGAAGCUCGCCUUGUCGAUCCGAAAACGAAUAAGGACGUCCCCGUCGGCGAAGAAGGUGAACUUUGGGUCCGCGGCCCUGUUGUGAUGAUGGGUUAUGUCAGUGAUCGCGAAGCGACAAACCAAACCUUCUCGGAGGGAUGGAUUAGAACAGGAGACAUCUUGAAGAUAGACGAGAACCAGAAUUUCUGGGUUACUGAUCGUCUUAAAGAGAUGAUCAAGUAUAAGGGAUUCCAAAUAGCUCCCUCCGAACUCGAAGACAUGCUCCUGCGCCAUCCAGAUGUGAUUGAUGCGGCAGUUUGCGCAGUCUACGACGAUUCCCAGGCCACCGAAGUCCCUCUUGCCUAUGUUAGCCUUUCGCCGGCAACGGUGGAACUGUUGGGUCCUGAGAAGCAAAAAGUCCUUGAUGCAAUCAGGACCUGGAUGGACGGCCAGCUGGCAGGUUAUAAGAAGCUCAGGGGAGGUGUUCACCAUCUGCAGGGACUGCCUAAGACUGCGACUGGUAAGAUUCUGAGAAGGCUUUUACCUGCGAAGUUGAAUGAGCAGAGAGAAGCGAAGCUUUAG